CAUGGCCAGCAACGCCAAUGGGGUCACAAGGGCAUCUGUCUGGCUCCUGGUGCGAGAGGCCCCACAGGUCAGCAUCCACACCAGCUCCCAGCACUUCUCCCAAGGUGUGGAGGUGAUGGUCAGCUGCUCAGCCUCUGGGUACCCCACACCCUACAUCUCCUGGAGCCGUGAGGGCCAAACUCUACAAGAGGACAGCAGAAUCCAUGUGGAUGCACAGGGAACCUUGAUUAUUCAGGGGGUAGCCCCAGAAGAUGCUGGGAAUUACAGCUGCCAGGCGACUAAUGAGGUUGGCACUGACCAGGAGACGGUCACCCUCUACUACACAGACCCACCAUCGGUCUCUGCUGUAAAUGCCGUGGUGCUGGUGGCCGUUGGGGAGGAGGCUGUGCUGGUGUGUGAGGCGUCCGGGGUCCCCCCACCCCGAGUCAUCUGGUAUAGAGGGGGUCUUGAAAUGAUCCUGGCCCCUGAGGGCUCCAGCUCUGGGAAGCUGCGGAUCCCGGUGGCUCAGGAGAGAGAUGCUGGCAUCUAUACCUGCCGGGCUGUCAAUGAGUUGGGUGACGCCUCUGUAGAAAUCCAGCUGGCGGUUGGACAUGCGCCCCAGCUGACGGAGCUGCCCCGGGAUGUCACUGUGGAACUGGGGAGGAGUGCCCUCUUGGCAUGCCGGGCCACAGGCCGCCCGCCCCCGAUGGUCACCUGGCGCCGCGGAGAUGGCCAGCCUCUGGGACUCAGGCUGGGGGCCGGGCGAGGCAGCAGGUCUCGGCAGCCGGAUUCGGGAGUGCUGUUCUUUGAAAAUGUAGCACCAGAAGACCAGGCGUCGUAUGUCUGUGAAGCUCGAAACGUCUUUGGGAAAGUCCAAGCCAAGGCCCAGCUCAUCGUCACUGGUCACGCCCCACCACAGAUCGCCAGCAGCGCCCCCACCGUCCGGGUCCUGGAGGGGCAGCCUGUGUCCCUGCCCUGCAUCGUCCUGGCUGGGCGGCCCCUCCCGGAAAGGCACUGGCUCAAGGGUGGCCGGCCUCUCCCACCUGGUAGCCGGUAUUCUAUCCGAGCAGAUGGCAGCCUCCACCUUGACCGAGCGUUGCAGGAGCACGCGGGGAGGUACCGGUGUGUGGCCACCAACACGGCCGGCUCUCAGCAUCGGGACGUGGAGCUGGUGGUCCAGGUGCCACCUAGAAUCCAUCCCACUGCCACCCACCACAUCACCAAUGAAGGAGUUCCGGCCUCUCUCCCCUGUGUUGCUUCAGGAGUUCCCACCCCCACCAUCACCUGGACCAAGGAAACCAAUGCCCUGACCUCCAGAGGUCCCCACUACAAUGUGAGUAAGGAGGGCACCCUGCUCAUCACCCAGCCAUCUGCCCAGGAUGCAGGGGCCUAUGUCUGCACGGCCACCAACACCGUGGGCUUCUCCAGCCAGGAGAUGCGGCUUUCUGUCAACACCAAACCCAGGAUCCACAUGAAUGGGUCACAUAAUGCAGAUGUGCCUCUGAGAGUCACAGCGAAGGCUGGCGAAGAGGUGAUCCUGGAUUGCGAGGCCGAGGGCUCCCCACCCCCACUGGUCACCUGGACGAAGGACUCCCACCCUGUACCGCCCAUCACCAACAGGCAUGGCCUCCUCCCAUCUGGCUCCCUGCGUCUGGCCCAGGUCCAGGGUGGUGACUUUGCCCCUGAGGGCUGUGGUCAGAGGCAGCUGGGUUCGCUGUAA